GUGAUCAUGAUAUGACCUUGAAGAGGAGAUUUUAAAAGACCCAGACUGUCAUCCUCACUGCAGAAGAAGUUCAGAUCAGGAAAGUGCAGGCUUUUCUUUUCUGGUACUCAGAACCUAUCUUCUUCUGCCCAGCACAAGCAGCACUGGUGGGCUGGGGAGAAGAAAUACAGAAGGAAUCCUCUGAACCUGAACUAAGCACUGCUCUGAGCUCACCAGGAACCCAGCACAGACACUGAAAAAAAAUGGCACCAGAUGUGAGAUUUCCUCUCCUACUGCUGCUUGGGCUAUUGGUACUACUGUGUCCACUGUGGGCUCUGCCUAAGAAGCUCACCAAGGCUCAGUGGUUUGAAAUCCAGCACAUAAACCUGAGUCCUCUCCAGUGUGAAAGGGCAAUGAGUGGUGUCAACAAUUAUACCCGGCACUGUAAGCCUACAAAUACCUUUCUUCACGACUCUUUCCAGAAUGUGAGCCAUUCUUGCAUGUCACCCAACAUCACCUGCAAGAACGGUCAGGAAAACUGCCACCAGAGUGCAAGUCCUGUCAACUUGACUAAAUGCAGGCUCACCAGAGGAAAGUAUCCUCACUGUGGCUACAAAGAUGCUGCCCAGUUCACAUUCUACAUCGUGGCCUGUGAACCACCUCGGAAGAAUGACCCUCCCUAUCCAUUGGUUCCUGUACACCUAGAUGGGAUCGUCUAAGGUUUUGGUUACAUUCCCUUUCUUUUGACACAGUUUCAGUUACAAUUUCUUCUGCUUUUGCUUUUCUUAUUUGAUGUCCUUGCUCCCUCUGAAGAAAGAAGGAAGGUGUUGAGAAGAUAGGAGUGCCUCAGAUACCAGAAAUGGGGAUAGUAUGUCUGUUUAUAUAUUUUUGUUUUGUUUGUUUUUUUGUUUGUUUGAGACAGGGUCUCACUAUGUAGUUGA